CGCGGCGGCGCUCCGCCUCCUCUCAGGCGGGCUAGCGGCGCGGGCGGCAGUUGCUGUGCUUUCGGGGCUGAGGUGGCCCUGUGCGCGCCCAGGCUUGCGGAUCCGCGACGCGACGCCGCUUCCCGCCGUCAGUGGCUGCAGCCCAGCGUCCUUCCUUCGGACCGGCGGCCCCCUCUGUCCUCCGCCGCUCGGUGCCGACUUUCAGUCCGGCCUAGGGCGGCUGCGGGGCCGCGGCUGGCGAGAUGUUCAAGAACACGUUCCAGAGCGGCUUCCUCUCCAUCCUCUACAGCAUCGGCAGCAAGCCCCUGCAGAUCUGGGACAAAAAGGUACGGAAUGGCCACAUCAAAAGAAUCACUGACAAUGACAUCCAGUCCCUGGUGCUAGAGAUUGAAGGGACAAAUGUCAGCACCACAUACAUCACAUGUCCUGCAGACCCCAAGAAGACACUGGGAAUCAAACUGCCUUUCCUCGUCAUGAUCAUCAAAAAUCUGAAGAAGUAUUUUACAUUUGAGGUACAGGUACUAGAUGACAAAAAUGUUCGUCGGCGGUUUCGAGCAAGUAACUACCAGAGCACCACCCGUGUCAAACCUUUCAUCUGUACCAUGCCCAUGCGGCUGGACGACGGCUGGAACCAGAUUCAGUUCAACCUGUCUGAUUUCACCCGGCGGGCGUAUGGCACAAACUACAUCGAGACCCUGAGAGUGCAGAUCCAUGCAAAUUGUCGUAUCCGAAGGGUUUAUUUCUCAGACAGACUCUACUCAGAAGAUGAGCUCCCGGCAGAGUUCAAACUGUAUCUUCCAGUUCAGAACAAGGCCAAACAAUAACUGCACGGCAUCUAAGGGGACAGACUCUGGACAUGACUCUUAGUUUAAAAAAAAAAACUACAUAGAGACAAUGCAAAACCAUCUAAUAAUCCACUGUGCUAUGGCUCAUUUACCACUUGGUGUCUUUGUCAUGGACACCAGUGACCAUGCCACAGUUCUGUUACUUGCAUUCUAAGUUCAGUGGGGAAAGCAGAGCUUUGAGUGACACACAACUGCUGGGGUUUCCUGUGCUGCCUGCCCUGGCAUGUGAGACACACGUACAACAGAUGCACGGAUUUACAGACGUCCUACAAGGCAGAUCCAGACCAAUACUUUUUCCUACAAUUUAUUCUUUCUUUUAUAUGUUAUCUAAAUAUAUGUAUAUGUUGUGUAAUACACAUAAUCUGGAAAUGAAUAAAAUGCUAUAUUCUUGGUUUGUAAA